CAUUCUUCACCAUGAAGGGGACACUUCUUCUGCUGGCCUUGCUGGUGAUUGGAGAGCUGGGCUUCCAGACAACGGAAGCAUGUAUGCCUUUCUUCAGAACCUAUGCAGCAGUUCUCACUGGAAGUAAGACAUUCCUGCAUGCGGACAUUCAGCAGUUUGAAGCUACUGUAGCUGAAAGGGAGGCCUUUGAAAAACUCCAGAAUUGCUUCAGUGAGGAAGGACUAAAAACCAAAGUUCUGAAUCCCCAAAUUAUGGUAUCUAUAGUCCUCAGCCAAGAAUGCAAGAAAUACUAUGCCAACAACAUCGUAAAGAAAAUUGAGGAUCUGCUUAACCGGAGGUUAAUCCAUUAGAAGUUAAUGGUUUAUGGCCAACCCAUCUUUGCAACCUGUCUGAUCCAAGUGCCAUCUUGCUGACCUGUCCUCUUUCUCUCCCGAAGUUGGACUCCUGACACCUGUGCCCUCAUCCUGCAGUCUCUUAGGCUGAUUCUAAUAAAUGCCUGCAGCUCUG